CUUUAUGUCCUGUCUGUGGCGCUGAUGUAGGGCAGCAUGUGGAGGUUUGGGACUGAGCCGAUGUUCACGGUUAGGAAACAGGAAGUACACCGUGUUUUGGAGAGUUUACUGAAUUCGGAUUUUACGGUCCAGAUGAGCGGCCAGACGUCUUGGUAAAGAAAAGCGCAGUGCGGAAAAGGGUUAGUUAUGUCUGAGUAAUGAACUAGCUGAACUAACUACAAGUGUGGAGCUGUCGGCCGUACAGUGUAUGUGGCUGAUCUGACCAUCAGCAUGGGAGCAGAGAGCAGUGGGCUAAAAAGCUGUGUGCUCCAACAGCCGUCAGUCACGUUACCUUCAGGCCUCUCCAUGUACUCCGCUGUGCUGCAGGAUGGAAAACCAGCCUCUGUGUUCGUCUACAAGCAGGGCAGUGAAGACAAAGUGAACAAAGCUGCUAAGCACCUGAAAACUCUGAGACAUCCGUGUUUGCUGCGCUUCCUGUCGUGCUCGGUGCAGGAUGGAGGCAUACACCUGGUGACGGAGAGGGUGCAGCCUCUGGAGCUGCUGCUGGACAGUCUCACACCCGAGGAGAUCUGCGCUGGCGUCUAUGAUCUUCUGCAGGCUCUCGUCUUUCUCCAUGACAGGGGAAAAUCAAGCCACAACAACGUGUGCAUGUCGUCUGUAUUCGUUAGCGACGAUGGACACUGGAAGCUUGGCGGGAUGGAAACAGUUUGCAAAUUUUCCGAAGCAACACCAGAGUUUCUCUCCAGUGUUCAGACAGUAAGAGAGAACAGCGCCGUGCCUCCUGAGGAGAAGCUCGGUGGAUUCAAAACACUUCCCGAAAAACACGCCCACGCACGGGAUGCUUUCUCUUUUGGAGUGCUGCUGGAGGCCCUCGUCCCCUCGCUGAGCAGUUACGUGUCUGAUGAGCUGCUGGAGAGUCUGAGGAGCACGCUGCAGGUCAGCCUGUUGACCUCUGACCCCACGGUGCGGCCGGCUCUCAGCAGUCUGCUGACUCAUGAGUUUUUCAGCAGGAAUGACUUUCUGGACAUCAUGAACUUUCUAAAGAGUUUAACUUUAAAAUCCGAGGAGGAAAAACAUGAAUUUUUUAAAUUUCUACUGGACCGAGUUCACGGCCUCCCUGAAGAACUAUUUGGCGCUCGUUUGGCUCCUAAACUUUUAAAUUCUCUGGUGUUUGCUGAACCCACUGCUGUGAAAAGCUUCUUGCCCCAUCUGUUACAGCCCAAAAAGGAAUCAGCUGUACGAGCUGAGGAGGAGUGCCUGCUGUCUGUGCCACUGUACCGGAGACACGUAGUGCCGCAGCUUCUGAAGCUCUUUAAAGUGAACGAGGAGCACGUCCGGAUGGUGCUGCUCUCAAACAUCCACAUAUACGCCGAGUUCUUCUCACAGGACGAGCUGAAGAACCAGAUCCUACCUCAGGUGUUGCUAGGAAUGAGAGACACGAACGAUACUCUGGUUGCCAUGACGCUGCAAAGCCUGGCAGCCCUGGUGCCGUUACUGGGAGCGCAGGUGGUGGUGGGCGGCGAGAGGACCAAAGUCUUCAAACGUACCACACCAAACUUCACCAAGUCUACAGAAGUUACCCCUGAAAACUCACCGGCUCAUGUUGCUGGAGUGUCUUUGCCUCAUAGUUUUCAACCGUCCAAGGUUGCAAGCCUGUUGCCUAAGCGUUUGGAAGGAGGAGAGCUUGUUCUUGAGAAGCUGAACUCUCUCCAGUCAGUCAGGAGAGAAGUCGUUGCCCCGCUGCCCUCUACAUCAAACACAGUGCUGAACAGAAAUGUAACUCUUCCCUUGAAUGGCUUCAGCCAAGAGAAAGAGGGAGAGAAGGACAUGAGAACGGAGAGGACAGAUGAGGACUGGCCCGACUGGGAGGAUGGGGGGGAGAAAUACCAGCCUGUACAAAUUAGCAUACAGCCUGUAGACAGUGACUCAGAAUUACCAGCUGCAUAUGGUGAAAAUGAACCCUGGGAUGAUUUUGAAGAUUCUGAGGUCAUCUCCAAACAAUUGACCACAGUUACACCUCUGACAGUCCUGUCGCCAAAAUCCGUAAGUGUGCGACCCAUAGGACCUGUAUCACUACCGACUUCUAGACCUGCCGGAGAGUCUAAAGCACUUAAACUGAGUACUGCUUCAAUAAAAACUGCAUCAGGGCAGAACAAUCUGUCUUCUGAUACAAACUGGGAGCAGAGCACGAAAGAUACCUGGCCCAGCAAUCCAGAUUUAUCUACAGAAGCCAAAAAUAAAAAUGGGUACAGGAGUCCAGGAGCUGGCCGACUAGGAGAAGAGUUCACCAUUGAGGUGAAAAAGAAACCAGACAGAGACCCAGAGCUGGACCUCUUCGCUGACAUGGUACCGGACAUAAAGCUGUCUUCACCUAGCAUGUUCUUACCCAUAAGGGGUUCAUUCAGCAAGCCUGAAGGACAUCCGACAUUAUCUCACACUGAACCAGACACUACACCCUUAAACACACUGGACCUGACAGCCAAGUUUGCUGCAGUAGAUACGAUGGAGACCGAUGCAGAGGGCUGGGUCGACGGUGAGAUCAACUGGGAAGAUGAGAACACCUGGUCAUGAUCACUGGAACUGUGAACUAAAGGCUGUGCACAAAGUCAUAUUUUUAAAAACAAAUGUCCAUGUGAGUUGGAAAACAGUGUGACCAUUUAUAGGCACUUGAAGUGCCUCUUAACAUUAGUGUAAGUACUGAACAGUAGCUUUAGUGCUACUAAUUUGGACAUUAUGUUUAUGGGUAUUCAAGCUCAAUCAUUUUAAUCGCUUAAGAGCGCACCAGGCCAUAACGGAAGAUGCGAACGUAAUUUAUUUUAUAGGAUGUGAUCCACGGUUAGAAAUUCUGACAACCGACACCUUGAUGUAACCACUGGCAUGAUGUAAACUUGAGAAUGAAUACAAUCACUUUAGUAAUGAACACCGAUCAAAAUCAAUCAUUAAGUAGUGGAUCAUGUCAUUUACAGACAGGGCUACGAUGUUUGAGACUGGUUUCUCUUUUCAAUCUGCACCAAGAAUGAAACUAUUAAUGAUAUGAAGUGUUUAUGUCUUGGUUUAAUUGCCUCUUGUAGUCUUUUUGAAAACCCCUUUGUGUAGCUCUUUGCCAAAUCCUGACAACAAAUGUAGCUAUAAAGGCAUUUUCACUGGAAGUACAUGUGUGGCAUUUGUCUUCAGGUUAGGGGUUUGAUUUGUGCCAUCAAUGGUUCAACUUAAUUCUUCUUAAAUUACAAGAAGCCUUAUAGGAGAGGCGGUUGAACAUAUCUGUAUAGGAUAUUGUUUCUAUACAGUACACAAAUGUUUAUUUUUGUUUUAGUGGUGGGGUUUUGCUCAAGUAAAAGAAAAACUGAUAUUUAUUUGUAUUGUCAGAUGCUGAUGAAAUAAAGGUUUUAUGGCAUUUAA